AUGGAGAGCGUCAUCCGGCAGACCCUCCAAAUCUACAAACGAACGCACAGGGUUCUCCACGAGUAUCUCUGGCUGAUAUGGCUGGAAUCCCUCGUGAAUGUCAUCUUCUCCGUCACAACACGUCUCCAGCUAGACGGCGUAAUACCUGGAAGUCAUGCAUACUACGCUGGUGAAAUGACCCUAUGGGCCCUGCAAACCCAGCUCCUCUCCCAAAUCAUUGCCAACCGAAUUGCCUUGAUCAUGGUCAGCAGGCGCAAAGCGCUGCAGCUGCGAUGGGGACUGCUCAUCGCCAUCGGCGUCGUCAACAUUGCUGUCGGCUUCAUCUGGACUCCUGCCCAUCUAUCCACAGCAUCGGACUUCCAGGUCCACCUCAACCUCAUCUUCGAAUACUGCGAGAAGGCCUUCUUCCUCCUUUUAGACCUCAGUCUCAACCUCUAUUUCCUAUACUUGGUCCGGUUCAGACUCAUCGCAGACGGCCUCGUCAAGUACUGGACCCUAUACAACUUCAACAUUGGCUUCGUGGUCAUUUCGACCGUCAUGGACUCUUUGCUUCUCGGCCUGUUGGCUCUGCCUGACAAAUUCACCUACGUCCAAUUUGCACCAGUGACAUACACCGUGAAACUCUACCUCGAGCUCAAGAUGGCCCAGCUGAUUUCCAAGGUCGUCCGCCGGAGCAUGAACCGCGUCGACUCCUCGUCCAGCCCGCCUGGAUCCAGCCACCGGACCCCGUUGUCGCGGUCCUAUAAUCCCCGGAAUUUCUCGAAGCGAACUGCCACCACGGAUCACUACGAUAAUUAUGACCGGGAGGCGCAUGAGAUGAAUACUCAUAUUUCGGCUGGGCGGGAGGGGGGGUCCGGAAGAUCGUCCUCUCGGACACGGGGGCAUGAGGACAGGGAGGGCAUUGUCAAGACCGUGACGACGGUUGUAGAGGCAGAGAGCCGCGAGGGGAGCGAGGAGGGCCUGAGGGCGUCGCAUUAA